AACCCACUCCGUCAGGCUCCCUGCCUCCUGGAACCAGCACUGAAGACUAACUUCUCUCCUCUCAGGCCACUCGACAGAUCCUACAGUCCAACAUGGCUAGUGGUAAUCUCAUCCAGAGCUUCCUGCAGCAAACCAUCUAUCUGGGCAUGGCUGAUGAUUCAGUCCUGAAGAAUGAAGGAACAGUGAUUGCAGCGCCCAAUUUCAACCCCAGUGCAGAUGCAGCAGUCCUGGAUAAAGCCAUCAAAGCAAAGGGUGUGGAUGAAAAUACCAUAAUUGAAGUUCUGGUCAAAAGGAGCAACGAGCAGAGACAGAAAAUCAAAGAGGUUUACCAACAAACCGCUGGCAAGCCGCUUGAGACUGCGCUGAAAAAUGCUCUAAAAGGAGAUUUGGAGGAGGUGGUGCUUGCUCUGCUGAAAACACCAGCCCACUAUGAUGCCCAGCUACUGAAACUGGCAAUGAAGGGGCUUGGAACAGACGAGGAUACUCUGAUCGAGAUUCUUGCCUCCAGAAAUAACAGGCAGAUCCUGGACCUAAAGAAAGCCUACAAGGAAGACUACAAGAAGGAGCUGGAGGAGGACAUCAGGUCUGACACCGGUGGAGACUUCAGGGCGGCCCUCCUCGCUCUCUGCAAGGCCGGCAGGACUGAAGGAGUUAGUGAGCAGCUGAUUGACAGUGAUGCCAGGGCUCUGUAUGAGGCCGGGGAGGGGAGGAAAGGCACUGACUGCGCCGUCUUCAUCGACAUCCUGACCACCAGGAGUGCCCUUCAUCUUCGCAAAGUAUUUGAAAAGUACUCAAAGUACAGCAAAGUGGAUGUGGCCAAAGCUAUUGACCUGGAGCUGAAAGGCGACAUAGAGAACUGUCUCAAAGCCGUCGUGAAAUGUGCUGGAAGCAGGCCGGCCUAUUUUGCAGAAAGGCUCAACUUGUCCAUGAAGGGUAAAGGUACCCGCACAUCUAUCCUGACCCGCAUCAUGGUGAGCCGCUCUGAAAUUGAUCUGAAAAGGAUUAAGGAGGAGUACAAGAAGAGCUACGGCAAAACACUCUACCAGGACAUUUUGGAUGACACUAAAGGAGACUACGAGACGAUCCUACUUGCUCUUUGUGGGGGUGAUAAUUGAAAACCUGUCGUUUGGAUCAAUGUUUAAAGAAGACAAAGAUCCUCCAUGAUGUCCAGCUGUGGCAAAUCACCCAUUUUCCCUUGACCCAUAUUGUGCCUUGUGCAAAUGUAUUCAACUAUCUGUUACAAGAAUUAAAACGACUAUGAUAUAACCUUUUGAUAUUAUUAAAAAAGUAAAUAACCUCUA